AUGGCCUCAGAAACACCACCACAAUCACGCAAGCGCACCACAAGCGGCACCGACGACGAAGACAGCGAACGGUCCCGGUUCCGUCUCCACACGACCAUCGAAUCACAAGCCGCGCGCAUAGAGCGUCUUAUGGCCAGGGUCGACAAACCGAUCGUGUUACCCGAACGCAAGGAGAAGACCGUUAAAGCGCCGCGGGACUUCGUGAGGAACAUCCAGGGAUCUAGCGCGGGUGCGGGGAGUGGGGAGUUUCACGUAUAUAGGGCGUUGAGGCGGAAGGAGUAUGAGCGGCAGAAGGUGUUGACGGAGAAGGGGAAGGAGGAGGAGGAACAGCGAUUGUAUCACGAAAGGCUGGAGCAACAAAAGAAAGAGGACGCUGAGCGGACGGCGAAGAAGCGCGAAAAGCGGAAGAAAAGGCAGAAGAAU